UCCAAAAACACAACCAGGAAGUGUCAUGGUGGCCACCGCGGGAGACAGUGGAAGCUGGUUUCCAGCGUUAGCGCUGGGAGUUUCCUUGCUCAAAGCUCUUUUUAUCAACGCCUAUCAUUCUACAGAUUUUGAAGUGCACAGAAACUGGUUGGCUAUCACACACAGUCUGCCAGUGUCCAGAUGGUACCAUGAGAACACGUCCGAAUGGACCCUGGACUACCCACCGCUGUUCGCCUGGUUCGAGUUCAGUCUUUCCCACAUUGCUCAGCACUUUGAUAAGAACAUGUUGGCAGUGGUGAACCUCAACUACGCUAGUCCACCUACUGUCCUUUUUCAGAGGUUGUCUGUCAUCUUCACUGAUGUGCUUUUCAUCUUUGCUGCGAAAGAGUGUUGUAAGUGUGUUCGGGAUCAGAAAGGCACUCGAGAUGUCCUCGGCCGUCCAUCUUUCGUCCUGGCUGUGCUGCUACUCUGGAACUUUGGUCUUCUCAUUGUUGAUCAUAUUCAUUUUCAGUACAAUGGCUUUAUGUUUGGUUUCCUGCUGCUGUCAGUAGCCAAACACUUGCAGUCGCAGCACAUGCAGGGGGCGCUGCUGUUCGCUAUUCUUCUCAACUUGAAGCACAUCUACCUGUACGUGGCUCCUGCAUAUGGUGUCUUUCUGUUGAGGAGUUACUGCUUCACUCAGGACAACAGCGACGGCUCUAUCAGAUGGAGGAGCUUCAGUCCGCUCCGUUUGCUUGCUCUUGGCAGCAUUGUGGUCACCGUCUGCGCUGUUUCCUUUGGCCCGUUUGUCGCCAUGGGUCAAGUACCUCAGGUACUGUCGCGUCUCUUCCCCUUCAAGCGAGGCCUUUGUCACGCGUACUGGGCGCCAAAUGUUUGGGCUCUCUACAAUGUCCUGGAUAAAAUUUUGGCCACGCUUGGUAAUCAUCUGAAACUUUUGAACGAGGCAAAACUUUCUCGGGCCUCUAUGACAGGCGGCUUGGUUCAGGAGUUCCAGCACUCUGUCCUGCCUUCUGUGACUCCAUCCGUCACCCUCGUCUGCACUCUGCUUUCCAUUCUGCCCGCGGUGGCAUCCAUCUGGUGGCGUCCUCGUGGUGCUCGCGGAUUCCUGCGCUGCCUGUUGCUCUGCGCUCUCGGCUCCUUCAUGUUUGGCUGGCACGUCCAUGAGAAAGCCAUCCUCAUGGCGAUCCUCCCUCUCAGUUUGCUGGCGGUAGAGAGUAGAGAGGAUGCUGGUAUCUUCCUAGUUCUGACCACAACUGGACACUACUCGCUGUUCCCGUUGCUUUUCACCCCAGCAGAGUUGCCGAUCAAGUUUGCACUGAUGUUGAUGUUCACCAUCUUUUCUUUUGCUGCUCUGGGGAGAUUACACAGCCAACAGUCACUACUGCGCCCGGUGGAGGUUGUCUACCUGUCUGGCCUGGUUGCUGUGGCGGUUACCUGUGAGCUCAUCUUUCCUCUGUCGCCGUGGAAACAAAAAUUACCCUUCCUCCCCCUGCUCGUGACGUCCGUCUACACCUCGCUGGGGGUGUGUUACUCCUUCUUUCGUCUCUACGCCAGUCUUCUGCGACCACAGCAGCAGGGCCACAGGCCCAAACAGCUGUGACACAGGUUUGAUUCCUGACAGACAUAAACUGUGGACUCAAUCAGGUAACAAGCAGAAACACAACAAAACUUAGUAGGCACUAAGUAGUCGGCGCUCAGAAGAUGGACAUUAAAGAUGUUUUUGUUUUUUAAAAAUAUUUUACAUGAAUAAAAAAAAAAAGAAUUUUAACGAAAAUUGUUUCGCUGCUGGUACUUCCAUCUGUUUCAUACCAAAGGGUCAAUGAACACAAGUUUGAAAAACUUUUAUUGAUAAGGCAACACAGAACUUGAUUUGUUACAAUGAACUUGGGUGGAAAGACUUUCACUGUGAAAUUGUAUUGCACAAAUAACUGUUAUAGCACUACAGAUGCUAACCUGCUCAGCCAUCAGCAAGGAGUAAAAGCAGGUUAGAACUCACUCUAAUCAGUUCAAUUAUCACUUAGCAGCUUACUGAAGCUAACAAAUUCAGCGGUCCACAGGUUAGCAAAUCAUUUAGACAGUUUAACUGCUA